AUGAUAAAGAAUUUAAAAUUAAUAUUACUAUUAAUUUUAGUAAUAUUAUAUUUAUCAAAUGAUUUAGUAAAUUGUAAAACUACACCAACAUUGGAUGAAUCAAUUGAAAAAACCACUAAAUCUGAAGAAAUUGUAACUGAAACUAAACCAACAACAACAGUAACAGAAUCAUCACCAAUUACAAAAGCUCCAACAAUAACAAAGAAACCAAUGACAACAGUCAAACCAUUAUUAAUGGAAGAUAGUGAUGAUGUAUCCACAACAAGUGCUAGUAAAAAGCCUGGAGAUCCAAAAUUCGAUCCAAAAUCAUUGUUUUUAUGUGGUACUGAUAUUGAAGAAGAUUUAUCAGAAGGAUCAAAUUUUAUUGCUGCAAAAUCAACCGCCAAAGAUGAUCCAUAUCAAUGUUAUCUAAGUCCAAAGAAUGUUAAGUUUGGUAAAGCAAUGACAUUAAAAUUAGAAAAUAAAUUAUGUGGUGGUAGUGGUGGUAGUAUUGUUGAUGAUAGUAGUAGUGGUGGUGACAGUAGUAGUGGUAGUGGCGAUAGUGGAAGUGGUAGUGGUAGAGGGGUUGAAAGUGGUGAUGUUGGUAAAAGUGUUGAUGAUAUACUUGUAAGUGGUAAAUCAGUUAUAUCAUCAAUUGCUAGUCCAAUAAAUUGUUUAGAUCAUAAAAUUAGUUGUGCAGAAGUUGAACAUUCUGAUAAAAUGACAUAUGGUGUUUAUUCGGUUGUAAUGGCAGCAGCACCAGCAUCAAACACUGUAACAAAGAUAUAUGCAUCCACAGGUGGUAAAGGUCAAUAUUCUGAUAUUUACUUUAAAGUUGAAGGUAAUACAACCGUAUUGAAAUAUGGAUAUACAUCAUAUGGUAAAGUCACUGAAUUUAAAAAUACAAUCUCUGGUUCAUCAUUUUCAAUUGCAAAUAAUUAUACUUUUUACUACUCACAAGAUACUUUAAUUUGGUAUUUUAAUACUCGUCAACAAGGUGAAAUCAACACAAAAUACGCCGGACCAAAAUCACCACCACCACCAUUAAGAUUCCGUAUCUCGUUAACUAAUAAUGAAAAUAAACAAAUCAAAGACGCUUCACUACCAACAGUUGCAAGUGUUAAAACAUUCACCUAUACAAGUGUAAAAUGUCCAAGUGAUUCAGAAUCUGAAGAAGAAAAUAAUUGGGGACCACAAAAAGCAAGUUAUAAAUAUUUUUCAAGUAAUUGUACAACCUAUAGACCCUAUUGGAUUUUCAAUGAUACAUUGAAUGAAGAGUUGGGCUGGACAACUGAACUUUCUAAUGGUACUCUAAGAAUUCAAAAUACUUAUUUCCAACGUAUUGGUGAUAAUAUUGCCUUUGGGUUCAAUGAGUAUGCAAAGAAUUUACGUUUUUCAAAUCGUAUUGCUUUUCCAAUUAAAAGACACAAGUAUUUAAUGUUUUGGAUGAAUGGUGGUUAUAAAGGUAGUCAAAGUUUAGCAAUCUAUCUUACUUAUAAAAAGAGUAAAAUCGGGUCAGUAAAUCUUGGUGAUUUUAUAAUUGGUGGUAUUCAAAAGGAGCAUUGGUACAAAGUCAUCAUCCCAAUGAAAUCAUUCCAAAUCACACCACCAACUAUCACUUUAAUGGAUGGAUUUAUGAUUCAACCAACAUAUGAUGGUUAUAUGGAUAUGGCAUAUUUUGAUGACGUAAUGUUCUCUAAUGGUUCAAUUUGUAUGGAACCCUUAGGUCAAAUGGAUGUAUUCAAAAAUGGAAAACUAGAAAAUGGUGACCCAACUCAAUCAGUUGCCAAUGUUAAUUUCGAUUCAGUUGCAAUGAAAUAUAAAGGUAAAGCAACCAUUGAAUAUCAAAUUGAAAAUGUCAAUAGAUUACAAUUAAACUUUAUGAAUGGUAGUAUUGGUAUAGAUGAAUAUGAUGGUAUGAUUUUCAAUAUGUUUUAUUACCCAGACAAUGCAUACAUUUAUCAAGGUCAAGAAGAUCUAGAAGCAUCACAACACACAUACCAAAGACCAUUAGAUUGUAAAAUUUGUUUAUUAAAUGAAGCUGGUACUGGUGAAUUCCCAUGUUUAUCACUCUCUGAAUAUGUUGGUGGAAUCUUCCCAAGUAAUAAAUGGAUUCAAUUAAGUAUACCAUGGAAUGAUUUAGCCGUUGAUUUCUAUGGUGCUCAUGUUGGUGGUGUUAUAAUUAAAACUGAUUUAGGUGGUAUUCAUCAAGGUACACUUUAUAUUAGUCAAAUUUCAGCUGCAAAAUAUAAACCACCUCAUGUUGAUGAUGAUUCUUCAAAUUCUUUCAAAUUAUUACCAACAACAACAAAUUUAAUUUCAAUUUUAUUAAUUUCAUUUUAUUUUUUAUUCAUUUUUUAA